AUGUCCAUGCGGACUCCCUCCGCUUUGCGCCUAAUCGGGCAACUUGGGAAUCGUCAUGGCCUCCGCCGCCUCCUUCCGGGUAUCUCCGCCGCCAUAGGAGCCGCCAUUCUAUUCUGUCUCUUCGCCGUGCCUCAAUUGGCUCGUUUCCGUUUUCGCGCCGAUUUGAGCAAAUACGAUCUUGGUUUCUAUGGCUUCGGCCCGUCUCAAAGCUUCGUCUCCUUCGACGAGGAGUCCCGGAUUCUCGAAGUCACCCCCGCCGAUGCGCAAUGCGACCCUCGAUACACCUUUAUUGCACCCCGGGGCGACUCGGUCGCCCAUGCGGGUCCAAUGAUUCUGGACGCUCAAGGAGAACUAGUCUGGGCGAAAUAUAACUGGGGAGUGACGCAAGACUUCAAGGUUCAACGGUUCCAGGGCCAGGACUAUGUGACGUAUUGGCAAGGGGAUGAGGAGGACGGUCACGGUCGAGGAUCGUGGUUCAUGGUAAGAUACAAGCUUUUACGAUCUCCUAUGGUCCCUUCCUGCAGAGCACUUACGUUGCUUCCUCGACAGUUGGACUCGAGCUACACAAUCAGGUACAUUGUGUCACCCGUUGGAUUGGAAGGCGACCUGCACGAUUUUGUCAUCACCUCGAACGAUACUGCCCUCGUCACCAUUUACGAUCCCAUUCCCGCCGAUUUGACAGCGGUGGGUGGCCCCGAGCUCGGCUGGCUUUACGACGGCGUUUUCCAGGAGAUCGAUAUCGCGACCGGCGAGCUGCUCUUCGAGUGGCGAGCUUCCAAAUUUUACGCGCCGGAGAGCAGCUAUUUCCCUAUCAACGAUCGAGGCCACGAAAGAACCCUCGGAUAUGAUUACUUCCACAUAAACAGUAUUGACAAAGAUGAUCAGGGUCGCUAUCUGGUCUCUGGACGACACACGCACACCGUAACUUGCGUGGACGGAAAUACUGGUCAAAUUCUUUGGACAUUGGGUGGAAAGCACAACGAUUUCCACAAGUCAGACGAAGCUGCCACCAACUUCAGCUGGCAGCACGAUGCUCGCUGGCGAAGCGCGAGUAGCAUCACUCUACUCAACAACAACGCCAACGGAGAAGAGGACUCUUCUCGAGAUUCCGUCGGGCUUUUCAUCGAUCUCGACAUCCCUGCACGACACGCGACAGUGAGGGCGACAUAUGUCCACCCACAGGGCUUGAUGGCCAUAUCUCAGGGCAACGUCCAAGUCCUGGACACAGGCAACGUGUUUGUCGGCUGGGGUCACAGCGCCGCCUUCACCGAAUACACACCCGAGGGUAAGAUCGUCUGCGAUGUCCACUUCGGUGCAUCGGCCUAUUUCACUUUCGGCCGAAUUGUAUCCUAUCGUUCCUUCAAGGGUGAUUGGGUCGGAAAACCCACCACUUUACCAGAUGCUGCCAUCGCCGGUGAUAGCGUCUUCGUCAGCUGGAACGGUGCCACCGAGAUCGACACAUGGCGCCUUGAAGUCUGGGACAGUGAAAGCCUCGAUAACAUCACUUUCACUCCCGUAGACCAGGUGGAGCGCACCGGCUUUGAGACUCGAAUUCACCUCCCGCCCUCAGUAACCUCCUACUUCCGAGUUUCCGCCAUCAACAUUGCGGGCGAAGUCCUUGGAACCACCGAAACUCUUUCCCUCGAUCCUCUUUCGUCGAGAUCCAGCUACGUCUCUAUUCGGUCCUGGGGAGUACUACUCAUCGCAGUCUUUGCACUGAGUUGUCUUCUUUUCGGGAUCUUUUGUGCCGUCUCCCGAUCUUGGAGACGACGUCGAUCCGGCACAGGUGGUUCUUACCAGCUCGUUGGACACAAGGAAGAUGAUGACAAUGAGGCUGAGAAUGGUCAUUUGCCAAUAUAG